GCAGCCCGGAGGAGACUCACGGUCCCUGGGACCUUGAAGGUCACCCGGGCCGCCCCCUCACUGACCCUCCGAAAGUCCCUGUCCUCGCCCUGCCUCCUGCCAUUCCGGGUCUGAGUCUCAGCAUGGCGGAUGAGAGCAGUGAUGCGGCUGGGGAACCUCGCCCCGCACCAGCCCCGGUCAGACGCCGCUCCUCCAACUACCGCGCGUACGCCACGGAGCCGCACGCCAAGAAAAAGUCUAAGAUCUCCGCCUCGAGAAAACUGCAGCUGAAGACCCUGAUGCUGCAGAUUGCAAAGCAGGAACUGGAGCGAGAGGCGGAGGAGCGGCGCGGAGAGAAGGGGCGCGCCCUGAGCACCCGCUGCCAGCCGCUGGAGUUGGCCGGUCUGGGCUUCGCGGAGCUGCAGGACUUGUGCCGACAGCUCCACACCCGUGUGGACAAGGUGGAUGAAGAGAGAUAUGACAUAGAGGCAAAAGUUACCAAGAACAUCACCGAGAUCGCAGAUCUGACCCAGAAGAUCUUUGACCUUCGCGGCAAGUUUAAGCGGCCCACCCUGCGGAGAGUGAGAAUCUCUGCGGAUGCCAUGAUGCAGGCGCUGCUGGGGACCCGGGCUAAGGAGUCCCUGGACCUGCGUGCCCACCUCAAGCAGGUGAAGAAGGAGGACACCGAGAAGGAAAUCCGGGAGGUGGGAGAUUGGCGCAAAAACAUUGAUGCACUGAGUGGAAUGGAAGGCCGCAAGAAAAAGUUUGAGGGCUGAGCCCUCCUGCCUACUGCCGCGGCCCUGAGGAGGGCCCUGAGGAAUAAAGCUUCUCCCAGAGCUGAAA